AUGGCCACCAUCAAGCAAAUCGAUGGCCGGAGUGUCCAUCAAAUCCAAUCUGGCCAAGUCAUCGUCGAUUUGUGUUCUGUCGUAAAAGAAUUGGUCGAAAACAGUGUCGAUGCUGGCGCCACCACUAUCGAUGUUAGAUUCAAGAACCAGGGCUUAGACUCCAUCGAGAUCCAAGAUAAUGGUUCCGGUAUCUCGCCAGCCAAUUAUGAGUCUGUGGCACUAAAGCACCAUACCUCGAAGCUAUCAACGUACUCGGAUAUUGCCAGCCUUCACACAUUUGGCUUUAGAGGAGAAGCGCUGGCGUCAUUAUGCGCAUUGUCUACCGUCACAAUAACUACUUGUCUCGCCCAAGAUGCACCCAAAGGUACUAAGCUUACAUUUGAAGCAUCUGGAAAGCUCAAGUCCACCUCCGUUCUCGCUGCCCAAAGAGGAACCACGGUUGCCAUCGACACGCUGUUUCAUAACUUGCCAGUUCGUCGACGGGAACUAGAGCGCAACGUCAAACGAGAAUGGCAUAAAGUCAUUGCGCUGCUCAACCAGUAUGCGUGUAUCCUGACGCAGCUCAAAUUCUCCGUCUCGCAGCAGCCAACCAAGGGCAAGCGAAUUCUGCUCUUUUCAACCAAGGGAAACCAGACAACCAAAGACAACAUCAUCAACAUUUUUGGUGCCAAGACAAUGACAGCUUUAGUAGCUCUGGACUUGAAACUGGAAAUUGUACCGACCACAUCUUCUCUCAACUUGAGCACGACCGAGGCCGAUGCCUCGAAAGAAAUUCAAGUCCUUGGCCAUGUUUCUCGGCCCGUCCAUGGAGAAGGCAGGCAGACUCCGGACAGGCAAAUGUUUUUCGUCAAUGGGCGGCCGUGCGGGCUCCCCCAGUUUGCAAAGACUUUCAACGAAGUCUACAAGUCCUAUAAUUAUUCGCAGUCGCCCUUCAUAUUCGCAGACAUCCGCCUGGACACCAACAUGUACGAUGUAAAUGUCAGUCCAGACAAACGCAGCAUCCUCCUUCACGACCAAAAUCAUCUGCUAGACAGGCUACGCUCCGCCCUUGUUGAGCUGUUUGACCAACACGACUACACCAUACCGGUUGCACAAGCGUUUUCUACCCUCAGACGGUCCACCUCCAAAUCCACGACUCCUGCAGAUACUUCUCCCGCGCCCACGCCAGCCCCCAAACAACAGAAUCAGCGCGAAGAGGCGGAUGUGUCUGACGUAUCAGCUGCAGAUGACCACUCCCAAUCGUCUGAUGAAGAACCAGAACCAGCCAAAACAGUAAAAUCCCCUGUCCACGCGACACGCAACACUGGCGCUCAAAGUUUGAUAAGUCGAUGGGCGUCCAACUCAACGAGCUCGCCCGCGGCCAAGAUACAGGUUGCGACCCCACAGACCAGCAUCAGUGCCAGGUUUGGCAGACACAGUGGCGAAGUGUCGGAAAGCGCCAAAGAUAUUCGAGUACGCGAUUUUAACGAACGAUUGGCGGAACAAGCAGCAACUGCCCCGGCCGUACCGAUCCCGCCGAUAGAAGAUGGCGGUGACGCAGAAGACCUAUAUUCUGCUUCUCCAGAAGCCUCUCCUGAGCCGCCUAUACCAGCUACACAGCCAAUGAGACUAGUGAACGAUGCACCACGAACAAGAAAUCCGCGAAGCCUUAAACGGGCCGUCACGGAGACAAUCACAGUCACCAUUGGUGAUUCACCGCGAAGAAAUAUUAUCCUCUCUCCGUCCAAGAGGCGAAAGACGGAAAGCAUAGCAAGUGAGGAUGAUGACAAUGACGACGAAGCUAUGUUAUCUGAAAAUGAAGAUACUCACCGAAUUGCGUCGGCAGAAAGACAUGGCAGAGAGCUUUUACAAUCGCAGGAUAGCGAGGAGGAAGAGGAAUACUCUGAGCCUGAAUCGGAACAGAGGGUGGAGCCCCAGCUGGAACUCGAACAGAAUGAGGCAGUGGAUGUAUCCGUGCAGGGGGCUGAAGACGGCGUGGCGUCUGAUGCUGAAGAGGAGGGCCCAGGAAGAGACCUUGACGAGGCAGAAGUGGCUAACAAUGGCGAGGCUGUUGACGAGAUCCUUGAAAAGGAGCCAUCUGCAGCAGACUUGAAACGAACCACUCUAUUUCAGCCGACAUCGCGUCGGAAGGAGAGCACCCUGUCUUUGGCACAGCGGCUGAAUGUGGACCUGGAGUUGCUCCGUGUUCAUACCGACAACUACAGGACCAAUGCCCUGAGAACGUCAUCCGCAAACGCCGACUUGGACUCCGUACAAGACAUAAGCGCCGCAGACGCCGAGUCGAGGCUGCAACUCAUCAUCUCCAAAGGAGAUUUCGGCAAGAUGCGCGUCGCCGGGCAGUUCAAUAUGGGAUUCAUCAUUGCUGUCCGCCCGCGCGCCUCGAAAUCACCGGCUAGCAGCGGAGACGAUGCUUCCGCCGGCAGCGACGAGCUCUUCAUCAUCGACCAGCACGCCUCGGACGAAAAGUACAACUUUGAACGGCUGCAGAGCGCCACCGUCGUGCAGUCGCAGCGCCUGGUCCACCCCAAGACGCUCGAGCUGACGGCGCUCGAGGAGGAGAUUGUCAUGGAGAACCUGCCGGCCAUCGAGGCCAACGGCUUCAAGAUCCUCGUCGACACGUCGGGCGACACCCCCGUCGGCAGUCGCUGCAUGCUGACCGCGCUGCCACUCAGCCGCGAGACGGCGUUUAGCCUCGAGGACCUCGAGGAGCUCAUCGCCAUCCUCGGUGACGCCGGCGGCGGCAGCGACGGGCAGAUCCCGCGCCCCGCCAAGAUGUACGGGCUCGUGCGCCACAUGGGCGAGCUCGACAAGCCGUGGAACUGCCCGCACGGCCGGCCGACGAUGCGCCACCUCUGCCGGCUGCAGGCGUGGGACGAGCAGGGCUGGAAGGGCGACGCGGGGCUGACCUCGACGGCGCGUUGGCAGUCGUUUGCACAAGAGGAAGAUUGA